UUGAAUUUCAAUUUCAAUCUAAAGAAAGAAGGAAGCAGUACUCACCAUGGGAAAUCUUGAAAGGUUUUGGCUGGUCAUCCUUAUUGCAGCACCGUUAGCAGCAAUUGUAGCAGAACCAGCUCCCAUUGCAAAUGGUUGUCCAGAUAGGUGUGGUAAUGUAGAAAUCCCAUAUCCAUUCGGUACAAGAGAAGGAUGUUACUACAAUGAAGAUUUUCUCAUAAGUUGCGAUGACACUUUCCGUCCCCCAUUAGCAUUUUUAUGGAAUAGUAAUAUCAAUGUCACCAACAUAACUCUUGAAGGGAGGGUGCAGAUAAGGACAUUUACAGCCCGCGAUUGCUAUGAUCAGUCGGGUCAUCGAAUUAACGGCAGCGGUAGCCAUAGACUUACCUGGCUCCGAUUGAAGUUUAACAGUAGUUUUACUAUCUCUGACAAUGAAAAUAAGUUUGUUGCCGUUGGCUGUGAUACGGAAGCGGAAGUAACAGGUAUCGUCGAAGGCGAUAAAAGCUACACUGCAGGUUGCAAAACCAUAUGUGACAGAAUUGAUUAUGUAGCCAAUGACACAUGUUCUGGCAUCGGCUGUUGCCAGAUAUCCAUUGCCAAAGGAAUGAGCUACAUCGAUAUAACAGUGAGGAGCUACAAAAGUCAUAAAAAAGUUUGGACAUUCAACCCUUGCAGCUAUGGCUUCGUCGUGGAACAAAGUCAGUUCCACUUUUCUCCAAAAUUGCUUCGCGAAUUGCAAAAUGUUAUUAAACUCCCUAUGGUGCUUGAUUGGUCAAUUCGGGACGAGAACGAUACAUGUGGUAAAACUAAAAAGGCAAAAGCAUGCCAAGGAAACAGCACUUGCUUUCCUGUUGAUGAUAAUGGAUAUCGAUGCAAGUGCUUAGACGGUUUUGAAGGAAAUCCAUACCUACCUAGUGGUUGCCAAGACAUAGAUGAGUGUUCACCCCCUAAUCGCAAUCCUUGUAAAGGAGGUAUGCUCUGCACCAAUACAGAAGGAAAUUAUACAUGUUCGUGCCCCAAAGGUUACCAUUUUGAAAACGGUACUGCACAAGGUUGCGUUGCAAAUCAUCGACAGAACUGGAAUCUAAUUCUAGUCACUCUAGGCAAGUGCACAUGUUUUAAUCCACUUUCAAGGAUUGGAGGCCUUGCAUUUUUUCUAGUAGUCGGCACUUGGCUGUUCUGGGGAUAUAAUAAAUGGAAGCUCAUCAAACUGAAACAGAAGUUCUUCAUGCAAAAUGGAGGUUUGAUGUUGCAACAACAACUAUCCAACCACGAAGGAUCUACAGAAGUAGCUAAAAUUUUUACAGCUGAAGAACUUGAGAAGGCCACCAACAACUUUGAUGAAAGCAAAAUUAUAGGUCAAGGAGGUUAUGGAACAGUGUACAAAGGAACUCUUAGAGAUGAGAGAAUUGUUGCGAUCAAGAAGUCCCACAUUAUUGAUCAAAGUCAAAAUGAGCAAUUCAUAAAUGAAGUGGUUGUUCUUUCACAAAUCAACCACAGAAAUGUGGUGAAGCUGUUAGGUUGUUGCUUAGAGACAGAGGUUCCAUUGCUAGUUUACGAAUUCAUUACCAAUGGCACUCUUCACCAUCACAUCCAGAAUAAAAGUAAGGCUUCAUCAUUGACUUGGGAAAUCCGCUUAAGGAUAGCAACAGAAACUGCAGGAGUACUAUCAUAUUUGCACUCUACAGCCUCUACACCAAUCAUUCAUAGAGAUAUAAAGUCUACAAACAUACUCUUAGAUGAUAGCUACACAGCAAAAGUAUCCGAUUUUGGUACUUCAAGGUUGGUUCCACAAGACCAAGCUGGAAUAUCUACAGUUGUUCAAGGAACUAUUGGAUACUUGGACCCUGAAUACUUGCGUUCAAGCCAAUUAACAGACAAAAGUGAUGUUUAUAGCUUUGGAGUUGUCCUUCUUGAGCUUUUGACUGGAGAAAAGGUAUUUUCCUUUGACAGAACAGAGGAAGAGAGAAAUCUUUCCAUGUAUUUUCUUUCUGCAAUGAAAGAUAAUUGCUUGGGAAAAAUUCUUGAUGGUUGUAUAGUGAAUGAAGCAAACAUUGAGCAACUUAAUGAGGUAGCUAACCUGGCAAGGAGAUGCUUGAGUGUAAAAGGGGAGGAAAGGCCUACAAUGAAGGACGUGGCUAUGGAAUUAGAGGGACUGAGAAGGAUGACAAAGCAUCCAUGGGCUAAUGAUGCAUGGGAUGCAGAAGAGGUAGAGCACUUGCUUGGUGAAACAUCUGAUAAAUCUGGUCAUGACUUUGAUGCUAGUGGUAGCAUGACCGUCGUUUCCAACACCUUUCCAAGUCAAGUAGAACUUGCAAUUCGCAAUGGGCGAUAAACAAAAUUUUCUUGGUGAAUGGUUGAUACCCAUCCAUGUUAGUGCCAAUCAUAAAACUAAGAAAAACAAUGGGGGAAUGGAAGAGACCACAAUCUUGUAGAUAGGAUUCUCUUCCUAAUUUUCAAUAUGUUGUCCCUGGCAUUUACUUUGAAUGCUAUGUAAAAAUAAGCAACAUCAUUGAUC